AUGGCUCGCAAAAGACAUAACAGAAAACAGAAAGAGGCAGCUCGCAAGAGAGGGCCCAGUCUGUUAAACAAGGGCUACGACGUCGGGCGAAAGGCGGACAUUAUCGCGGGGGCUUUCUACUGGGAGCCAACUCAUCAUAAGUGGAUGUUCCAGGCCAGCGAGGACUCGGCUUCGCUGGAUGACAGGGACAGUUUGACGCCCGACUCUGUAGAUAACGCUAUCCAGGCUCCAGUCGAGCCCGAAGCCGAUGGUUUCAACACGGACGAGAACUCCUCUGAAGGGAUCGACCAGAUCCAUGACGAUAUGCCUCACGACGCGGAAUCAAGUAGCCAGCGUGGCGAUGGCAAUGGCUGGCAAAUGGUUGGGAAUAACGAUUCAGCGUCUACGACUGAGGCUCAAGAUGACAGUUUUCCAUCGUCAUCCAAAGACUGGAUGACGGCAGUCCCCAAGUCUUUCCUGUCACCUUCCAUGUUAAUUCAAGACGAGCUGGAUACGCUUGAAAGCAUUCAUGUGCAGAACCAGCUACCAGAGUGGACGAACGUUAUCGGCACAACUUCCUGCCAGGUAGAAGCGGCAAACACUCAAUCAAGGCCACCCUUGCCAGACCAUCUCCAGGACGAGGUACUGCAGAGGGGAAAGGGGGCAAAUGGUGGCCCUCGCGAUUGA